AUGUUCCUGUCAAAAAUUGUUUUUCGUCCGUGACCGUCUCCAAGACAUCUUUUUGACGCCCCAAAAAAUCUGCAACAUUGCCCCGAACACACAUCCUUACUCAGCUAUCCGAUAACUCCCGAUCUUGCACCUCUUCCGAAUGUACAUAUCACGGGAUUAAAUUAUCACGUGUAGAUAAGGAUGGCAUCAGAUCAUGGAUUGACCAAUAAUGACCUUGAAUUCAAUUCUCCUGAUCGUUUCACUCAGGCGGGAACGGAGAGGAAGAGAACGAGGAAGGCUUGCCGGGUUUGCCAUUCACACAAGGCAAGAUGUAGUGGAACAAUUCCACAUUGUAAAAGGUGCGAACAGAGAGGAUACGUAUGCGAGUAUGAAUCUACAAGUAGAGGGAUGAGGCGGAGCGUGCCGAGGCAACAACCGGCAGGGACAAGUCAAAGUGGCGAUAGUCCUGGAGCUGGAGCGAAUGCUAUAUCUGCUGGUGGGAGUCCGAUGGAUAUUGGAAACGGGACGGAUGGUUCAGUGUGAGAUUGUCCAGGAAGGGGGAUAUUUGUUGAAAAUCACUAAGUCUUCUACUUUAGGGACCUCGGAAUCUCCAAAGCUACCAUCAAGCUGUACAUAGAUGCAUAUUUCGAAUUUGUCUCUUCUACUCCUGGUAAAGGUUUUAUUCAUCGAGCCACAUUUCUGAGGAAUUGGAACAAUGGUGCUGUGAAUCCAGCUUUACUGCAAGCCAUGUGUGCUUCAUCAAUAGCCUUCGUCUCAAAAGACAACGAAAGUCGUGCUACAGCCCAGAAAUGGAUGGAUGAAGCAGAAAGAUACAUUUGGGAAAGUUUAAGGAGACCCUCUGUUGUGUUAGUGGAAGUUCUUCUCGUCAUUGUCUUUUAUCGAUUUGAGCAUCGUGAAUACUUCAAAUCCCAGGCACUUACAGCUGUGGCUGCGAAAAUGGCAUUUGUGCUAGGCCUGAAUUAUGAGAAUAAUGCUUUGUCGACCUUGGUGAGGGAAUGUAGGAGGAGAUUGAUGUGGUCGAUUUUCCAUGUUGAUAGACUUUCUGCUGGUGGCUUUCCAGAAUUGCUGGUUUGUCCUUCUCAUUCGAUGCAUAUUCAGUUACCUUGUAGUGAAAAGGAUUUUGAUCUUGGUAUACCAGGAGAGACUGCUCCUUUGAUAUCAACGCGGACGAACGAGGCUGAAUCUAUGCACUUGGGUUUGAGGACAUUUUAUUUUCGCAUAUCUGAUAUACGGCAUCGUGUUUUGGAGUAAGUUUUGAUUCAUCUGCUUUUCUGUUUGAAAUUUGGCUGAUGACUAGCUUUAGGUAUACGCGGAAUGUCGUAAGGGAAAAAUCCAAUCCCUACGAUUCGCAAGAUACGUUACGAAAGCUGGAAGAAGAAUUACAACAACUACGCUCGUCACUGCCAGCAAAUCUUCAAUACAACGAAGAUAAUCUUUUUCUUCGAGCAUAUUCACCACAGCUAACAAGAUUCGUUAUGUUUCAUGUGUUAUGGCAACAAUGUCAUGCAGACCUUUACCGAUUCAUGUUCCCGGGAACCAAGGACUCGAUAUCCGAUACUGUGUUAGAAAAUACCCCUCAGGAAUAUGUGCAGUACUGCCAAAGAAAAGCAUUUGAACAUGCAGUUAUGAUAUUGGAUAUUUGCAAUACAGUACAAAGUAUCGGUCAUACAUUGAUUAGUGAUAUUGGUAUCGCGACAUGUGUCUACCAAUGCAGUAAUAUAAUUGUACGGGCCGCAGAUAUUGUAGGAUUUUCAAGCGAAGAUGAGAGGGUUAGGAUAAUGGGAAGGUUGGAGAAGGUUACAGACAUUUUGGAGGGGUUGAGGGAGGUUAAUACUCACGUAGAUGAUAUUGUGAGUUUAUAUUUACCUCACAUCACUUUGCAGGAUCGCAAGCAUUUGCUAAUCAGAAAUCGACAUAGUACCGCAACGUCAAAGAAAUGCUCCACCUCUUCAACACCAGCCAGGCCCGCCGUCUCUUCACGAAUCCUGUCCUCGGAGCCUCAACCCCGUCUCUCUUCACCUCCGGCGUAACACCUGCCCCUGUGUCCCUCGAUCACAUCAACUACACGAACGGUCACAACACAAUGCAGAAUCACGAUCCUAUCCACUUAAGCACGACAGGGGUUCUCUCUCCAACAACCGAAAGCGCCGCCACGUUGAGCCUAUUGGAAAUAGGAAAUGGAAAUGAUCAGUAUGCAGAUUGGAAUUCGGGACAUGUUGACGAUGGUGGUCAAUGGAUUAACGGAAUUGAUUUUGGACAGGCGGGAAUCGGGGGUGGGAUUGGGAUAGGAACGGAUAUGGUGGGAAAUGUUGGCGCCAUGUUUGAUCCGUUCUGGGGGAUCCAUAACACUGAUGAGGGUGGCAGUGGAACGGAUCAUGGAGGUGGAAAUAUGUAGUUCGAAUGGUGGGUAUUGUGGUGAUAAUGGCGGCAGAGAUUUGCAGAGCUGCUAGUAGGCUGGUAUUGAAAUUAGUGGUCCUCAUAAAAAGCCUAUGGGAGCACAUAACAAACCAUCUAAGUCCCAACAGAUAUUCCAUGAAAAAUACCCUCCGCGAUACUUCAAUGGUAAAAAAAUUCCCGUACCAUACCCUUGACUUU